ACCCCCGCGCCGCGGCGGAGGCGAGCGGAGGGGGCGCUUGGUGAUGAGCUGCCAUACGAGGAGAGGGGCUUGUGUCUGAGCGGCAGCUGCGACCGCCGCCGAGAGACGUUGACAUCUGGCGUCCCUUGGGACCGAGAGAUUCUCCCGUGGGCGGCAACCAGGGCCUUGUGGCUGCCGUGCGUCCCUGUCCUCACCCUCUCCUCAGACGCGCAGCGUCCGCCAUGGAAGCGCAUCCGGCCAGCGGUGGGGUCUCCGCGCGCCGCGGCCCCGGCUCCCCGGAGCGAUGAGGGCGUAGGGGUCCCCGAGACAAGGAGGGUCAGGGGCCGGCCGCCGCAGUUCCCGCCUGCGUGCUCCCCCUCCGGGGGGCGCCGCCGAGGGGCGCCCUCCGCCCAUGCCGCCCCGGGGCCGCGCUGCCCACCGCUGAAGCCAGCACGCUGCCCGCGCCCGCGCGCUGAGGCCGCCACCCGCCUCGACUCAAGAUGUGGCACAACGUGGGGCUGACCCUGCUGGUGUUCGUGGCCACGCUGCUGAUGGUCCUGUUGCUGAUGGUGUGCGGUUGGUAUUUUGUAUGGCAUCUAUUUUUAUCUAAAUUCAAGUUUCUGCGGGAACUGGUGGGAGACACAGGAUCCCAGGAGGGAGAUCAUGAGCCUUCGGGGUCUGAAGCUGAAGAAGACAGUUCAUCCUCUCCCCACAAGAUGAGAUCCGCUCGCCACAGGAGGGCACCUGCUGAUGAAGGCCACUGACUCCAGACGUGGCCCUUUAUUAGUGCACUAUGAAAGGCAAUUGCGAGCCUCUGUCUUUAGCAACUUCACUUUGCUAAAAGACAGAAGAACAUUUAUACUUGGAUUUUAUAUCCAGUUCAAAAAAAAAAGAUUUAUGUAUAAGCCAUACAGAAAUAAAGGGAAUUGAAACCAAAUUGGGCCGUGAACAUGUCAUCUUAAAGGUAAUAAUUUGCUUCACUAGCUUUCUGCUUAACAUACUUGGUCUUUGGCUCUUGGGCAUUUUUUUGCACUGCUGUGAAUGUGGCAAAAUUUUCAGGCUUCAAAAAACUUAAUUGUUUUGGUCAUAAAAUGUACUCUUUUCUUCACAUUAUAACCUGUGAAGUUGGGGUGCACCUCAUUACUGUCAGCCAGGUGAUAGUCGUGUGAUUAUCCUAGCUUGUGCAUGUGUGAAUUUACAGCUUUUGUACUGUCAUCACUUUAACUGAAGUGUGUUGGCAUCAGAUGUGUCAGGUUUAAUGAGCGUGUUAAGAUGUCUUCAGAAAGAUUAUACUGUGACUCAGCGUUGAAACGAAAGGUUAUCAUAUAUGCAGAAAAGCAUGGAAACAAAGUCGUGGGGGCAUUCAUUUGAUGUGAGUGAAGCAAAUAUUCAUCAUUGGAGGAGUGAUUGAAAUUCCAUAUUUUCUUGCAAAGCAUCUGCAAAAUACUUUACAAGACCCAAGAAGGGAAGAUACCCACAAGUAGAUGAAGCUGUUCUACACUUUAUCAGAGAGGUGCAUGCAAAAAAAUUGCCUGUCACGUGCCAGGAGAAAUUGCCAAAACUUUUCCAAUUGAUGACAGAAAAUUCAGAGCAACAAGAGGCUAUUGUGACCGAUUUAUGCAUCUAGCAGGACUAUCGGUUAAGACAUCAAACAUCGUUUUCCAGAAGCUUCCCAAAAGCAGAAGGCAGCUGAGGUGCGCUCUUUGAAGAAGCGCUCCAUCCUCACCAGUACUCUUGACGAUACCCAGGGCUGUGUUGUGUAGGGAAAUGUAGACGCCAGUGGGUCAGCAGAGUUGGACUUGGAAUGGGAAGUUACAGUUAUAACGUAACCAGUUUAUUUCACACAUUUUCAAUGUAUACCCAAAAUUGAUGUGAUAAAGACAUCUGUUUAAAAGCACUGUUAUAAUAAAUAUAAAAUAAGCAUUUUCUGAGAGA